UAGAUGCUACCCAUCCUCCGGUUCCAUGUCAAAGGUCAGGUUCUGAUGGAAUUGAUGAUCAUGAGUUGAUGAGUUUAGCUCCAGUAAGGUUCAAGUUACUGGGUCGCUGUCUGAAGAAGAGAUCUCACGCGUUAGAUACACGUAGGAGAGUCAUCCAUACCAGCACCAUGGAGGAUCUUCUGAAGAGAGAGUUGAACACGACGAAACUGCGGCCCAUCGGUGGCGGAGGCGGCUGUAUCAACCAUGGCGAGGGGUACGAGACUGAUCAGGGGAAGUUCUUUGUCAAGAUGAACGGUGACAAGGGGGCAAGAGUGAUGUUUGAAGGAGAAAAUGCCAGUUUGGAGGCCAUAGCAGCUACUGGUGCUGUAACAGUGCCUAAACCUAUCAAGGUUUUAGAUGACCCACGAGGAAGAGGAGCCAUGCUGAUUAUGGAACAUGUAGACAUGGGGGGCCUGAGGUCAUAUGCUGAUCAACUGGGAGAACAAAUGGCAAGACUGCAUCUCCACAAUGAAGAGGUGGCUAAAAAGGCAGCAGCUGGUUCGUCCAGAGUCGGACAUGGCGGGGAUGCGGCGCCAGCGUACGUGUCACAGUUUGGCUUCCACACGAAAACAUGCUGCGGUGCCAUCCCCCAGGAUAACACAUGGUCGGAUGACUGGGUGUCCUUCUAUGCAACCAGGAAACUGAAACUCCAGUUGGAUCUGGUAGAGAAAGAUUACCAUGACAGAGAGACUCGUGACCUUUGGCCCCAGCUGGAGCGGAAGCUGCCAAAGUUUUUCGAGGGUCUGAAAGUGAGCCCGUCACUACUACAUGGAGACCUCUGGGGAGGGAAUGCUGCUGAGAAUGAUAAAGGACCGGUUAUAUUUGAUCCAGCAUCCUUCUAUGGCCACCAUGAGUAUGAGUUGGCUAUAGCCUCAAUGUUUGGAGGAUUCGGAGGAAGGUUUUUUUCAGCGUACCACAAACUUCUUCCAAAAGCUCCUGGCUGGGAGGCAAGGCAUGAACUGUACAAACUCUUCCACUACUUGAAUCACUGGAAUCACUUUGGGUCAAGCUACAGAGGAUCCUCAGUCAGCAUCAUGAAGAGUCUUCUGAAGGAAUAUUAAUCAUUUAACAUAAACCUGCAACUGUUACUUGCAUUGAAGUUAGAUAUUGCUCUGAGUUGUUGAAAGGCCCUUUCAACAUUUGUCACUUUGAAUGUCAUUGUGGAAAUUUUUACCUGCUGUGCAGCAACGUUUCACUUGCUGUUUGGACAAGCUUGCUGCCUAUAAAUGUAUUACAUAUUCUAUUUAUUUGAAUUCAUGCUAUAAGUCUUUUGCAAAAGUGAGGGCAAAUGUUACUGUAAAUCUUGAAACAUCUGUAGCAGUUUUAUUUCACAGUGACCUCUCGACUGUAAAUUCAUGUCACCAGGAAAAUGCAGUGGCGGCGGCACCGGGAAGGGCAGGGGGGGCGACGCCCCCCCAGAAAAGCAAGCUGAAACCUUUUGUAUUUUUUUGAUGAUGGAAAUUUCAUUAAAUCAAGCUCGUCUAACGGCAAAAUUUACCCCCAAAAAUGCAAGAAAUGGCGUUUCAGAGUCCCGAUUUCAAAAUUUCGCCAGACCUCCCUUGUGACGGCCCGCGUCUCCGUCGCAGGGCAAAUGUUGCGGGAGUGUCGCUCUCAAAAAUCUUUUUAACUGAAUCUUACUAUCGUACUUAGCUUAGUUUACAAGCAGAAUGUGGCCCCCAAAUGCAGGAAAUGACGUUUCAGACGGUCAAGAUUUCAAAAUUUUCUCCGGACCUC